AUAACAGUCUAUAUCUCAAAAUGUCUGAUGACGAAUUUAUGUGCGAUGAUGACGAAGAAUAUGAUUUGGAAUAUUCUGAAGAGAGUAAUUCAGAGCCCGAUGUUGAUUUGGAGAACCAGUACUACAACUCAAAGUCACUGAAGGAAGAUGACCCCAAGUCUGCCCUCGAGAGCUUUCAAAAGGUGUUGGAACUUGAAGCGAAGGAGAAAGGUGAAUGGGGUUUCAAAGCUCUCAAACAGAUGAUCAAAAUCAAUUUUAAAGUGGGAAACUACAAUGAGAUGAUGAAGCGCUACAAACAACUUCUGACUUACAUCAAAUCUGCCGUGACGCGGAACUAUUCGGAAAAAUCCAUCAACUCCAUUCUCGACUACAUCUCAACAUCGAAACAGAUGGAGCUGUUGCAGGAUUUCUACGAAACAACACUCGAGGCAUUGAAGGAGGCGAAAAAUGAACGACUGUGGUUUAAGACGAACACUAAAUUAGGAAAACUUUAUUUUGAUAGGGGAGACUACUCCAAGUUGCAGAAGAUCCUAAAGCAGCUUCAUCUUUCAUGUCAGACUGAUGAGGGAGAGGAUGAUUUGAAGAAAGGGACACAGUUAUUGGAGAUCUAUGCACUGGAAAUUCAGAUGUACACAGCACAGAAGAACAACAAGAAAUUAAAGGCUUUGUAUGAGCAGUCACUUCACAUCAAGUCGGCUAUUCCGCACCCUCUAAUCAUGGGAGUGAUUCGAGAAUGUGGGGGAAAGAUGCACUUAAGAGAAGGAGAGUACGAAAAAGCACACACAGAUUUCUUCGAAGCUUUUAAGAAUUAUGAUGAGUCUGGCAGCCCAAGGAGAACAACUUGUCUCAAAUACCUAGUUCUUGCCAACAUGUUGACGAAAUCGGGAAUCAACCCGUUUGACUCGCAGGAGACCAAACCUUACAAGAAUGAUCCCGAAAUUCUGGCCAUGACCAAUUUAGUGAGUGCCUACCAAAAUAAUGAUAUCAAUGAAUUUGAGAAGAUCCUCAAAACAAACAGGAGAAAUAUAAUGGAAGACCCAUUCAUCCGGGAACACAUUGAAGAUCUCCUUAGAAACAUUCGAACACAAGUGUUGAUAAAACUGAUUAAACCUUAUACGAGGAUUCACAUACCAUUCAUUUCAAAAGAAUUAAACAUCGACCCGACCGAAGUGGAGAACCUGCUAGUUUCAUGUAUUUUAGACAGCACGAUAAAUGGUCGUAUUGAUCAAGUGAACCAGAUCCUAGAGCUGGCAAGGGAGACAACUGGCCUGGCUCGUUACAACGCUCUCGACAAAUGGACAACCCAGUUACAUAAUCUGCAUCAAGCAGUGGUCAACAAGAUCGCUUAGCCACUGUGUUCAUUUCUGCCCCCUGACAAUGUGAAAUCAUGGAAGACAAGUUAACAUUCAUUGUAGAAAACAGGAAACUUGAAAUCUUAGUUUAUUCAAACCGUAUCAUUGUUAUUCCAGAGACACAAGGAUACACAACUCGGUGGUAGAGCGUUUGUCUGAAGUCCGAUGGAUCAUGGGAUCGAUUACCCAUGGUGCACCUGUUGUUUUUUUUUUUUUAAUUAUGAGAUUAAUAAUGAAAUAGGGAUUCUGGUUUGAGUGUCCAUAUGAUAGGUUUUUGGAUUAAAAGGUGGCUGGAUUAAUGAGGUUUCAUUGUUGAAGGGACAUACCCUAGUUUUUAAACACUAAGGUAUAUGUUUUACUAUUAUAGCCUUUUUUGAUAACUGAAAUCAUAUUCUACUUAGAUUUUAUUGUUUAGAUGAUCAAUUCCCAUACAUUCGAAGU